GGCGUGACGAGAGAUGGCUAUAUGGUGUGAGCACCUCUUGCACCUGCUGUUCAUGCAAAACGGCAUCAACUGGCUGAGAACGAUCGUUAAUCUGUUGCUGCAUGGUUUUCAUAGACUCGUUGAUCGUUGCCACCAGAAAGGACAUAUCCGUAGCCACUGGAUGCUCGGAGGAAAGUAAGUGCGCUAACGGUUGGUCGCCAAUCGGCGGCCUCCGCACUGCUAUCUUGGCACUUGACCGGGGAAGAACUUCUGAAGAACCAUGUCUAGCUUUAGCCGCGAGAUCAACGUUCCAAAUGAGACAUCAGCGAGUCAAUUAUUUUAAUUGGAUCGUCGCACACUUGAAGACCGUAUUUCUUUGCCUUGUUCUUCAACUCGUCCAAGGACAUUUUGUCCAAAACAGCAAGGAAAAAUUCAACGAGCACAAAGCGGAGUCGGAAACGGUGAAACAGCAGAGAAAAGGAGCAACGUGGAAACCGGAGCAACGACGGCAAAAGAGGAAGAUGCGAUCGGAACCAGGAAUACGACACAUCAAAUUGGAGCAUACAGCACAAUUUCUAGCAGCGAAGGAAAACGGAAGUGAGGGAGGAAAAGCGGAGCAGGAAUCCCACUUCUGAGAUUUAAUUGUCUGUAGAAUCUGAAUGAUUUUAUUUGUCAGAGUGGCUGAAGCCGUUGAAUGUAAGAACGGUGGAACGAGAAUAUAA